GGUAACCUGUUCCAGCGAUUUCGCCCUCUAGGGUUUUCCGCCUCGCUUCCAUGGCCGGCCGAGCCUUCUUUCUCGCAUUGCGGCGCGCCGUCUGCUUUCCACCUCGGAGUCUCUCGCUACCCGGCGCUUCUCCUUUGCCCCGCCUCCGCCCCCUCCUUGCUGCGGUUCCUGCAGGCUGCUCGGCUCGCCUUCGUCCGGCGGGGUCCGGGUUGCGAUGCUUCUCGACUCGGCCCACGACAUCAUCCUUAAAUGAUCCGUCGCCGAACUGGAGCAACCGACCCCCUAAGGAGACUAUACUCCUCGACGGCUGCGACUUUGAGCACUGGCUUGUCGUCGUGGAGCCACCUGAUCCCUCGCUCACCCGUGACGAGAUUAUUGAUAGCUAUAUCAAGACCCUCGCGGAGGUCCUUGGCAGUGAAGAGGAAGCAAGAAUGUCAAUAUAUUCAGUUUCUACCAAGCAUUAUUUUGCUUUUGGUUGUAAGGUUUCUGAAGAAAUUUCGUAUAAGAUCAAGCCUUUGUCAAAAGUCCGCUGGGUUCUUCCUGAUUCAUAUUUGGAUGUAAAGAACAAAGAUUAUGGAGGAGAACCAUUCAUCGAUGGAAAAGCUGUUCCUUAUGAUCCGAAAUACCAUGAAGAAUGGGUCAGGAACAAUGCACGUGCUCAAGAGAGGUCUAGGCGAAAUGAUAGGCCUCGCAAUUUUGAUCGCUCAAGGAACUUUGAGAGGAGAAGAGAAAAUAUGCAGAAUUUCCAAAAUAGAGAGGCUCCUCCGGUUCAAAAUCAGGAAUUCCAAAAUAUUCCUUCACAGAAUACUGCACAACAUACUUUCCAAGCUCCGCCGCCUGGGAGAGAUGGUACCGCCACUCCAAACUUCCAAAGUCAAAUGCCACCUAAUGCACAUAGCCAACAGGGUGGCUAUGUCCCUAACUAUCAAGGAGGUUCCCAAGGAUUUCAAAGAGGGCCGGGGGGUCCUGGUUACCAGAGUGACCAAGGAUAUCAGGGUGGUUUUUCUCCAAACAAUGCACCUGGUGGUGGCCUGGAUAGUGGUGGAAGCGGCACUGGUUAUCCGGUAAACAAUGUUACUCGACCACCCACUGGAAGCAGCCCUGGUUAUCCAAGAGGCAAUCCUGCUGGACCACCCACUGGAUAUCAAGUUAAUUAUCAAGGAGGUAGUUCUGCUCGACCUGGGCCGGACACUGGUUAUCAAGGAGGCAACCCUAGUGGUUACCAAGGAGGCAGUUCUAUGCCUACCAAUACUUAUCCUGGUGGCUACCAGGGAGGUGCCCCUGCAUAUCAAGGAGGCAACCCUAGUGGUCAUCAGGGCUUUAAUCAGCAGCCUUAUCAAGGGCAAGGUGUUGCUUCAGGUUAUCAGCAUCCUAACUCUAGAUACCAAGGGGGCAACCAAAAUAAUCAACAAGGCGGAGAGGGUUAUCAAGGAGGGGCUCCUGUUUAUCCAGGAAGAGACUUGCCUGGUAGAGACCAGUAAAUGUUAUCAUCCAUAAGUGGUUUAGAUGUUUCUCAUGUAAGACUUUGAUUGCCUCUGAUGCUGAGCAUCUAGCAAAACUUGGCUAAUCUAAAUAACACUAGAUUUAUCA